AUGUUUUGUUCAUAUGUUGACCAUAGUUUGCCUCCUCAUUUUUUUCUUUCUUAUUCUGUGGCUCUAUUAUUUAUAUAUCUAGCCUCCUCAUUUUUUUCUUUCUUUCUUUCUCCUUCUCAUUUUUUUUUUUUCUUUCUUUCUUAUUCUGUGGCUCUAUUAUUUAUAUAUAUCCUUCUCCUUUUUUUUUUUUUCUUUCUUUCUUAUUCUGUGGCUCUAUUAUUUAUAUAUCUAGCCUUCUCAUUUUUUUUUUCUUUCUUUUUAUUCUGUGGUUCUAUUAAUUGUAUAUAUAGCCUUCUCAUUUUUUUUCUUUCUUUCUUUCUUUCUUAUUCUGUGGUUCUAUUAUUUAUAUAUCUAGCCUUCUCAUUUUUUUCUUUCUUUCUUUCUUAUUCUCUGGCUCUAUUAUUUAUAUAUCUAGCCUUCUCAUUUCUUUCUUUCUUAUUCUGUGGGUCUAUUAUUUGUCGUACACUUUUUCUAUUUCUUGACCUCUUAUUCUUUCUUUUUUUCUUCCUCUGUAUCUAUUAUGUAUCUUAUCUUUUUCUUUUUACUACACUUUUAUUCUUUCUUUCCUUCUUUCUUAUUCGGUGGGUAUAUUAUUUAUCUUACUCUCACUCUCUUUCUUGCCCUCUUAUUUUUUCUUUCUUUCUUUCAUACUUAUUCUUUGGGUUUAUUACUAAUCUUAAUCAUUUUCUAAUUAUUGCCUUCUUAUUCUUUCUUAUUCUGUGUCUUUUAUUUAUCUUACUCUUUUUCUGA